GGGAAGUUUCAGUUCAGGGCCGGCUCGAGGCGUUCCUACUGCGGGUCUGCGGAGGUUUCUCUGUUGCGGGAUUGUUGGGGAACGGGCCCAGAAGCUGCUUCAGGAUGUCUUCAUCACAUUUUGCCAGUCGGCUUCGGAAAGAUUUAAGCACUGAAAUGAUCAGAACCCAGAUUGCUCACAGGAAGUCAUUAUCUCAGAAGGAAAACAGACACAAGGUAUAUGAACGAAACAGGCACUUCGGCUUGAAAGAUGUCAACAUUCCAUUGGAAGGUAGAGACCUUGUUAAUAUACAUGAGAUGUCUCUAGACCUCGCUCCAGAAAAGGCCAGUACCAAAACGAAGUCAGAGAAAACAGUUCUGAGUGACCAGCGGAAGCAGCUCCUCCAAAAAUACAAGGAAGAAAAGCAGCUUCAGAAAUUGAAAGAACAACGAGAGAAAGCUAAGCGAGGAGUGUUUAAAGUGGGUCUCUACAGGCCUGCUGCUCCGGGCUUCCUCGCCACAGACCAGAGGAGUGUGAGGACCCAGCCUGCAAAGGCUUUUUCAUACAAUGGGCGGAUUACAAGAUCCAAGGCUAAAGACCACACGGAACACACUAAGAUUGAGAGCAGGAAUGUUCUUCAAACAACACGAUGUGGCCAAAAACAAACUUCUGAAAAGAAAACACUGGACAAAGAGAAAAAAGUCAUGCAGCCCAUGGUGUCGUCAGGGAGAGUGACUGGAUCAGCUGCUCCUCAGAGGACAAAGCAGACCGCCCGAACAGUCUCGUCUGCCCCGAGAAAGCCAGUCACAAGCGUUGCUGGUGAGAAUGAAUCCGAAAGAGUGGGGCCAAGUAGAGGAAGACCUGCCAGAAAGGUGGAAGCCAAACUUGGCAAGGUCCUUCCCUCUAAAGUUGAUAGAGAAGAAAAUAGUAUGGAUCCACAGAGCAGUGUAACAAAUGGAGUGGAUCUGGGUGGCGUCUUCCCCGAGGUGGAGAGCUCCACUAAGACAGUUCCUGCAGAAGUGAAGGGGAGGAAGUCCUUUGCACCUACGCAUUGUGUGUUUCAGCCUCCGUGUGGUCUGAAGACCUAUCCAGUAGCACCCAUGAGUCACAGAAGUGACAGCGCUUUCUUGACACCCAGUUGUCACUGGAGCCCUUUGAAACCAGAAGUCACUACCACUCAAGAUGCAGCAAACGAAAUCUUGGUGCACAAAUCUCUAACUUGCUCUACAGACACAACUCAGCAGGAACGAAACGACCCCCAGAGUGCUUUGGGUUCUCCCGCAGUCUGUAAGGAAGAACAUGCCUUAAAUCAAAAGGAAGCGUCUACUACAGAUUCCAAUCCCCUUUCGGUGGGAGGAGUCACAUCACUUGAAGCAGGGGAAGGUCAGGUGUCUCAGCCACAGCAUGAUGUGCCAUAUUUCAGAAAGAUCCUCCAGUCAGAAACUGACAAGUUAACCUCACAGUGCCUGGAGUGGGACAGGAAGCUGGAACUGGACAUUCCUGAUGAUGCUAAAGACCUUAUUCGCACAACAGUUGGUCAAACAAGACUCCUUAUUAUGGAAAGAUUCAAACAGUUUGAAGGGCUGGUGGAUAAUUGUGAAUAUAAACGAGGUGAAAAAGAGACAACCUGUUCCGACCUGGAUGGAUUUUGGGAUAUGGUUAAUUUUCAGGUAGAUGAUGUAAAGCAAAAAUUCAACAACCUCAUCAAACUCGAGGAAGCUGAAUGGAAAAACAAUAAUAAUCCAAGCAAAAAAGUCCUCCGGAAAAAAAUUGUGCCUGCCAGAACAAGCAAGGCAAAACAAGAUGACGACGGAAGGAUGGCGGCUAGAAAUCGUCUCGCUGCCAUAAAAAAUGCGAUGAGAGAGAGACUGAAGCAAGAAGAGCAUGCCCCAGCCGCAGCUGUGGAAGCACCAAAGGAAGUCGACAAAAUAGUGUUCGAUGCUGGGUUUUUCAGGAUUGAGAGUCCUGUCAAAUCGUUUGCAGCACUUUCUUCUGAACGUCGUUCUCAGAGAUUUGGAGCACUUAAGUCUGCCAGCAGAGUCGUUCCUGAGAGUGGGGCUGCAGGGGACCUUCUGAGACAAAGGGUUUCGCUGGAGAAUCCUGAUCUUCACAGCAACAAGAGUGAAAGUGUCAAUAAGACAUUGUUUGCAGACAUUCUUGAAAGCAGGUCCAGCAGAGUGGAAGACACUUCGAGUCCUGGAGAGCAAGAUUCAAGUGCCAUCAGCCAUGAUGUAAAUAAGAUGAAUGUCGAGAUGGAUUGUUCUCCUGCUGGUGGAGUGACGGAUGAUACUAAGCAGACAGAGGCACUUUCUGAUGUGGAAGGUGCGGAGCUACAUUCUAAAGUCAACUCUCAAGAUGUGCUGAUGAGUAAUCCUGAGAAAAACUCCCCCUCACCCGGUGUCUCCUCAGAGGAAGAAGUCGAAGUGUCCCGGUCAGUACCAUUGCACAGACAGGUUACUUCUGAACUCUACCCUCUCGAUCCACCAGCCCUGAGCAGCAGCAGUCCCUGCACACGAGUGGAGACCAGACAGCGAGACCGUGCCAGACACGUCUCCUUUGGUGGCGACCUCAUCGUCUUCUCACCGCUGAGACCCCGAAGCAAAGAGCACCAGGAGGGUUUUUAACUUCAGAAUAACUCCAGUUUUUUUCCUUCAUAUCAUUAAUUCUCUGAUAAUUCUUCAAUUGUUGGAAAUUUUGAGAAUACGCAUUAGUAUUCACUUCUGUUUGGUCUAUUUAUAUUGUAUUACAUGAUGUUUUAAUGUCCAGUGUUCAUCAAGACACACUUCGGUGGUGAUCCUGUAAAUGUGCAGGUUAUGUAAAAUAUUAAACGUGAAGCAAUAUUCA